GUCUCUGUAUUCACGCAGUAAAAUGGCAGAAGCCAGAGUUUCUCAGAUGAGAGCAUGCAGCUGCCCUCAGUGCAGACGGACCUUCAGUUCAAGACCUGCUUUAGCUAGAAACAGCAUCUUGGCUAAAAUAGUAAAGAAACUGAAGAAGACCAAACGUCCUGCUGACUGUGACACUGGAGCUGGAGAUGUGCAGUGUGACGUCUGUACUGGAAGAAAAUACAAAGCUGUCAAGUCCUGUCUGGUGUGUCUGAACUCUUACUGUCAGUAUCACCUCGAACAACAUGAGAGUUUCUUUAAAGGAAAGAGACACAAAGUGACUGAAGCCACUGGACGACUGCAGGAGAUGAUCUGCCAGAAACAUAAGAAGCUCCUCAAGGUUUUCUGUCGCACUGACCAGGAAUGUAUAUGUCUGCUGUGUUUGAUGGAUGAACAUACAAACCAUGACACUGUAUCAGCUACAGAACAGAGGACAGAGAAACAGAAGCAGCUGAAGGAGACGCAGAAGACGCUCCAGCAGAGAAUCCAGCAGAGAGAGAAAGAUCUUCAGCAGGUGAGAGAGGCUGUGGAGUCUCAUAAGCGCUCUGCACAGACAGCAGUGGAGGACAGUGAGAGGAUCUUUACUGAGCUCAUCCGCUCCCUCAGAGAUCAGGAAAAGCAAGCAGUGAGUCGAGCUGAAGGACGACUGGAGCAACUGGAGCAGGAGAUCAAUGAUCUGAGGAGGAGAGACGCUGAGCUGGAGCAGCUUUCACACACACAGGAUCACAUCCAGUUCCUGCAGAGUUUCAAGUCUCUCUCAGCACCUCCUGAAUCUACAGACGUAAAUGACGAUCCCUUCAGUUCUCUCUUCUCUUCUGAUGGCCUGAGAAAAUCUGUCAAGAAGAUCUCAGACAGAGUUACAUUCACCAACAUUGUUCCCAGGACCAGGAAAGACUUCCUACAAUAUUCCCAUCAGCUCACUCUGGAUCUGAACACAAUGAAUGAACGCCUCCUUUUGUCUGAGAAAGGAGUGAUUACUGUCACUGGCACAGUCCAGUCGUAUCCUGAUCAUCCAGACAGAUUUGAUAAGUGGUGUCAGGUGUUGUGUAGAGAGAGUGUGUGUGGACACUGUUACUGGGAGCUGGAGUGGAGUGGAGAUGAUUUAGGUGUUUAUAUAUCAGUGUCAUAUAAGAGCAUCAGCAGGAAGGGACGGGGUGAUGAGAGUAGGUUUGGAACUAAUAAUCAGUCCUGGAGUUUGUACUGUUCUCCCUCCAAAUACUCAUUCUGGCAUAAUAGCAUACAGACUGAUCUCUCUGUGGAGCCCAUCAUCAGGAGAAUAGGAGUGUUUGUGGAUCACAGUGCAGGAACUCUGUCCUUCUACAGCGUCUCUGACACAAUGAGCCUCAUCCACACAGUCCAGACCACAUUCACUCAGCCGCUCUAUCUGGGGUUUUAUGUUUGUUCUGGAUCAUCAGUGAAACUGUGUUGAUGAAUCAGAAUAGACUAACAAGAGAUUCUACACUGAUAAAAAUUAUUCUGUGGUGUAGUAAAUACUACAGAAAAACUAAUUUAAUUUCUUCAUGAAAAAGGUAGUUCAGGCAAUAAUUUAAAAAAACAAUGUAAAUUCUAUUUUGGUACUCAAUUCCAGCGGUCCCACUUUAUAUUUGGUGGCCUUAACUACUUUGUACUAACAUCAAAAAAUAAGUAUAAUGUACUUAUUUUCUUCAUACUGAAUUGCAAAACACUUUUGGGACAGGUUAAGGACAGGUUUGGUGGUAUGGGUAGGUUUAAGGGUGGGUUAAGGUGUAAGGGAUGGGCCAACAGUGUAAUUAUCAAUGUAAUUACAGAAAUUAAUUACAGAUGUAAUUACAUGCAGGUAUUUAUUUAUGUAUCAAAUAAUUAAUUUAAAUGUAAGUACAUAGUAGUAAAAGCCACCUAAUAUAAAGUGAGACCAUUCCAGCUUGUAGAAGUCAAAGCGUAAAUAUAAACGUAAAACCUACUCAACUUUUAUGAUACUGGUGUUACCAUCAUGCACUGGGGCAUGACUAAUUAAUAAGGUUGAUUUAUUUUUUAAUUUUUAAUUAAUAAUUUCUGUUUUCCAGCUGUAUUUACACUGUUUUAUCAUUGCUUUUUUUGUUAGGUUUAGUAACUUGUGAUUUUGUUACAUCUGGAGUAAAAAAAUUAUUCAUAUUCAAGUCAAGUCACCAUUAUUUAUAUAGCGCUUUUUACAAUACAAAUUGUGUCAUAGCAGCUUUACAGUAUUAAACGGGGAAAUAGUGUGUCGAAAUAGUGUAUCGUUCUAAGAUGAAUAAAUCAGUAAAAAUAAAAUUUUAGCUUAGAUGCCAUUCUUAUAAUGAUAUUCAAUAUUCAUAUUCAUAUUCAAAAAUGAGAGAAUGUUACCAUCAUUGUGUAUUGUGUACCAUGUAUUGAAGUCUCUGUGUUCAGAUCAGUGCUGAUUUACUAAUUAUGUAGAUAUGGUGUCUACAUGACAUCUAUUGUAUCUAUAUUUUUUAUUUAGAUGUUUCUAAGUAAUGUACACUUUAAAAGCAUGGUUUAAUUAGGUGCUAUAUUAAGUAAUCAAACGUUUACUGUCCAAGCUGAAAUUACUUAUUUUCUUUGUUAAAUUGACUAAACUUAGGUAUGUAGAUUUGACUUAUUCCUAUAUGUGGAAUUAUAUAUAAUGGUGUAAUGUUUACUUAUUUUUUAUAUAUAUAUACUGCAUAUAUAAAUGUUAAGUUCAGUAGUAAGUAGAUUGUACAGAGCAGCAGCAGCAGUAAAAUUUACUUAAAAUGUGUUUGUGCAAAUUCUUACGAAGAUUUUUUAAGUAAAUCCUACAAGUAAUUUUUUCAGUGUAUCCAUAAUGCUUUGAGCUACAUGAUAAAUCAUUAACAGUGUGACGUUA